GGAGGGGCCUCAGAGGUACAAAGGGCCGGCAGAAAACCUCGAUUGUGGGACAACUAUCCAUUUAGAGGCUGUGUUUAAUGGCGGAAUCUUGAGGAGGAGAAUGAAGACAACAAAGUGAUGUUAUUAUCGUGGUGAUAUCAAUUAUCUGUGGUAAUGGCCCAUGAAGAUGUCCUUAUGUCAAGUGGUGGCUUCGAUCCAAUAGGGACAACCAAUUUGUUUCCUAGUCUUUCAGAGCCUGGACAUUCAUUCCCAUUUGUUGCUGGGUUUUCUGGUGAAAGAGCAAAUGAUCACCCAGAGAGCCAAGAUGAUGAGAGAGAUAAAAAGUUUAGAAAGAAAAAGAAGCAUCAAGAUCAUGCUAAUAUGGAAUCGUUUAAAAGCAAAAGGAAAAAAGUCUCAGAGCAUUAUAAAUACAAGCUUAAAAAGCUGAGAAGGAAGGCAAAACACCUUGUUUUUGAAAAUGCUGCUCUGUCUGAUGAAAUUUCGUACACAGAACAACUUUUAGUAAAAGCAAAAGGCGAUCGAAAAAUGCUACUUAAGAAGUUAUUUCAGUACUUACCAAUGACCGAAUCUCAAGCUCUGCAAAGUUCUGCUGCUUUGAAAUCAUUGGCUGCCAAUUUCCAUGGAAACCUACCUCCAACUGUGCUUGGACCUGUGCAGCCAUCUGGCCAGACAACAACACAAUAUACAAAAAAGAAAAAGAACAAUAAAGUCAACGCUAAUAAAAAGAAGAAAGACAUGAUAUCUAAGCAAGAGAAGCCAAAACGGAAAAAACCUGGAACAGCUAUGAAACGCAAGGUUCAGUCCAUUCCUGUGGAUGAAGAUGGAAUGCCUGUAUUUCCGCUUGUUCUUGGUGGCUUGACUGUUCAUGAGCUUGGAGAGGUGAUAUAUGACAGAACAGGAUUCCAUUCUGAGCGAUAUAUUUGGCCCGUUGGCUACUGCAGCUCGCGGUUGUACCCAAGUAUGAUUACUCCUGAAAACAGAGUCAUUUAUACAUGCAAAAUUCUGGAUGGAGGUUCAGAACCGAUGUUUGAAAUCACACCUGAAGACUGCAAAGAACAACCAAUAACUGCAUCAACUGCUACUGCCUGUCAUUGUGCAGUCCUAAGAAGAUUGAAUAAGGCACGUGGCAAAGAGACCACCAAUACAGGAUCUGGUCCAGAAUUCUUUGGCUACUCACACCCAACGGUGCAAUAUCUUAUACAAAGCUUAGCUGAUGUAACAAAAUUGGAGAAGUAUAAAUGGGUCAAAUUUGAGCUACCUGCAAAAGGAACAGUGCCAUUUAGAGAAAGAUUUACAGAGUAUGGAGAUUCGACAGCCAACCCAAAUUCAGGAACUGAAGGCUCCUCAAGUGGAAGUGAAGGAUAAGAGGUACUUUUAGAACUUGAAAACUUUAAGAGUUUGUUAUUUUUGAGGGGUCUACCAACUCACAUGCAGUUUCACAAGAUUAGAACUGCUCUAACUGUUAGUUUUGCAAACAUAGCAACAAAACUGUCAUAUUUGGAAUUAAGGUAUGUAAAAUCUUUGUUAAUUUUAGACAGUAACUUAUGGGAGUAUGAAGAACAUCAAAUUUGUCAUAUAAACACAUCAUGUCCUGACUUGCCUCGUCAUAUCCCUUGUCAUGUUGUGGCUUUUCCUGUCAUUGCAUGUCAUGGCAUGACUUGUCAAUGGUGGCUUGUCUUAUUGUUUAAAAAUUCCAAGUAUGGUUAAAAAUAUUUCAUUAAUUACAAUAUGUCACUUAAAUUCUAUAGUAUUAUGCUAUAAAAUCUUAUAUAAUUCUAUUACCAGACCUAAAGAUUUUCUAGUAAUGUUGAAAAUAAGGAACACACUGCAAGAAUAAAAAGCAUUGUCUCAUUGUGCAUAAGUCUCAUUGUUGUUGAGUUGAAAAGCUUUGACUUUGAAACUGAGUUUGAGUAGAAAGAUAAGUUUUUGUGAGAAUUUUUUUUUGGUAAAUGAGAGGUAACAUUGUUUAGUAAAAAUGUAGCUAAAAAUUUGUUGAAAGUUGUAAAGACAAUAGAUAAUGUCUACUAGAUAAAACAAGAUCAAUAGUGGCAUCAAAGUCAUAUCAAAGUGAUGAAAUUCUUUCCUUCAUUAGUUGAUUUUUGUUUGGAUUUUUGGAACCAAAAGCCUUUAACUAUACAUGAUGAUAUAUUGUAUGCAAAUAUAAAUCAUGUCUAGAAAUUGACAAAGAAAAAGUACUGUAGCUCAAUGAAACUAUUUUCAAAAUAGAAUAAGACUUCUGUAGGUACAGUCAAAUCAUGCCAUUAAAUACACCAAUUUCUACUAUCAAUUGGAAAUAUUUUGGAACAUUAUCACCUUUUUUUAAAACUGUAUGGGUUCAUGCUUGAGAGUUAAAUUAAAAUCAGUGGGACAUAGCAACCUCCUAGACUGAUUGAGAGAGCUAAUGAAAAUGUUGGGACAAAUGUCACCUCUUAAACAAAACAGUGCAGUCUGUCAAUAAACCACAUCCAGGGGGCUCUCCUACCAUUAGCUAUCAAAUAAAUCUAUGAGCAGAGUGAUAAGGAAGUGUAUAACAUGGUGUUUUAGAGAUGUUAUUUGAAAUAUCUGAAAACAUAGUAAGAAAUAUUUUCUCAUCAAUCUCUUGCCUCACUGGCUCUUAUAAAUUAUUCUUGCAUAUAUGUUUUUAAUGUACUCCAUUUGUCUGAUAAAUAAUAAACAAAUUUCAUUUUGUUUUCUAAAUUUUGAAAAAGGACUCUGAUAUCUCAUUUUGUUGUCACCACAUUGAAAGUUUGUAACUCGGAUGCCUGAACUUUUCCUUAUUUCAGCAAAGAAUACUUUGCAUUAUCCAAUCAGCUGAUGCAUUUCACGUUUUUGUUCUGCAUAUCUCUACAGUAAGUUGCACACUGUAUGGUAAUAGAAUCUUACUCGCAGGCCAAAAGCCUCAUGGCAUUAGAAUUAAUGGGCUAAUACCUUAGGGCUUCAUUACUGGGCAGCAAACUGCUAUAGCAAAAUUUGAUUUUACUUGCAUAGUUUGCCGGAGCCAUCACCCUUAUGUGUUUCGUAAGACCCAUCAUUCACCCAAAACUAGCUGGAUAAAUCAGUAUCUGGGAGGACUGUCAAGUGCACAUUUGAGAGGCACAAUUAAAUGAAUAUUUCAACCGCAUUGAGAAAUGUCUCUUUGGGUUGUCUAAGGGCCAGCUGUAACAAUUAUACCAAGAAAGUCAUUUGAUAUUCAUCAGUUAUAUAUUAUGGUUAUUCAGAGACACUCACAAUGCACAAAAUGAUAAGUGGCAGUCAAUCCAGUGUUAUGCUAGAAUUAUGCCAGCUUAUGCCCUGAUUCUGUAAGAUAAAUAAAUACAUUAUCAUGAGUCCUUUGAAACAACAUUUCGCCAGUAAAGUCAACGAGACAAUGUUUUCUUGCUCUCAAUAAAAUCCCUACUACUUUGUUUGAAAUUCUUGUAUACAACUCAAAAAGAGCACCAAAUCUUAUGCCGUAAAGAUUGUUUGCCGGAUCAAUUGAGCCAUGGUUUUUAAUUGUCUUUAAUAAUGUUAUUAUUUCAGAGCUCACGAGCUCAUGGGCUUGCACCCCUCGUCGUUCUGUUUUGCUCCCUUCGACAGGUUUCCCGUAAUUUUUGUCAUUCAUAGCCAAUCUGGCACGAUGUGAAGCACCUUCCCAUUCUGAGAAUGGAUUUAUAAGCUGUUUCUCUCUAUGGUCUUUUAGUUUUUGCUCCCAUAUGUUCACUUUAUUGCUGACAUGUUUACGAAUCUUGUUGACAUCGUUCGCCAUUUUGAAUAUACUAGGUAACACAGGGGACCGAAAGACUCCUAAAUCAAUUUGUUCUCGAUUGUUGUUAUGAAUCAAGUCGAAUAAUAGAGUUUAGCAUUUAAACGUUUAGCAAUGUAAUGUUAUGAAGCAUUUAAACUUAAGCAACUACAAAUCAUUCAAACUUACAAGAGAUGAUUUUUUGAAAAUAAGACUUAUUUCUACAUUACAUUAUUUUGUAAAGAGCCAGUAAAUUCAGACUGGUUGCUCUUAAUUCUUCGAAAACUUUGAGGCUUGUUCCUCCUUAAUUUGUUCUUAAAUUAAGUAGUGCAAUCGCUAGCAACCAAUUUUCCAACAAGUGAAUAUAACGACCUUAGAUGGCAAUAAUCUUUUAAAGGGGUUUCACGUCUUUGUUCAAAAUCACAUUUUACUGUACUUCAGCCUCGGAUUAUUUUAUUUUGUUUUUAACUUUUGACCAACUAUAAGGAUCGUGUUUGUUUUAUCAAAAUAAGUGCAUUGAAAAUUAUAUGCACCUUGUUUUGUUCUUAUUUUUCAAACAUCAUCCUUGGGGAUUUACUUCAUAAAAUCUCAUUUAUUCUAAUAACUCCAUUCAAAUUUUCCCCUUGACCUGAAACCCUUGGCCCUUUAUAAUCUUUUGGUAUUUGUCCAUGAAAUAAAAACCCGUAUUUUUCUGUUCCAAGCACUUUUCCUUAGGCCAUGUGCCAAAUGCGUGGAGCAAAUGCUUCUCUUCGAUCUCCUCGACACCAAAAUGUAGCGUGACCCUUCUCGUUCUUGUGUAUUUCUUUUUUACGACUUUCUCCCUUGAAAGUUUUUCAGCUUUUUUUACAAGAAAAAGAGUUUCAGAAAAUCCAACUUGACAUUAAGUUACGACUUCAUUUUUAAUACCUAUUUUGACUUGCCUAAUGAAAUCAAAGUAAAGCAAUGAUAUUGAACUGCCUGAUGAUACCUCCUAUCCUCCUCAGCCAGUUGGUGCACUCUUAUUUCCAGUCUUAGUUCCAGCCUUCAUCAACAAAAUUUAUAAAUACUUUGUCUUCAACUCUGAAUAAAUACAUCAUGAUCUUAUGACCCAGUAAUUUAGUCUAAUCUACGAUUUCUCUGAUUUGCCUUUUGCUGCAACAAAAGUUUGUCAGAUUUGCAUCAAUAGUGCUCCUAUGUUUUUGCAGAACCCUGUUGGCCUAUUAGACACACAAAAAUUGACAUAUCUGAUACGUUUCCACCCAUUUUCUUUUCGCUUUCCCAAUGAUAGUGGCGUGUCAAUGGUCAUAACAAUUCUUGUCGUUUUCAGAUUUAGCUUAUUAGACUAUAUCGAAUGAUAAUAAUAGGUUUAUUGCACUGUUCUCAGCUCCUGGGUUGAAAUCUGUUUAAUUCUUGCCUACUUUGUGUAAACCUUUUUUAAUGGAUACAUACGUUGUCUUUGCGUAGUGUUACCUGCCAUUGUUUUCUAGCGCAAUUAUGGCUAGACAACCAUUUCUGCCAACGUUAUCCCAUUUCAGAUUCAAGUUGAUGUUGCAAAUCGGGGAUUUUAUGUUCAAUUAACUACAAACCUCCAUGUCACAUAAAAUGCUUCUAUUGGUGAAUAGUAAAUAGUUGCCAAUUUCUAUAAAGCUCUACUUUGAAAAAGGCUCUGGAGCUACAAUGCCUGCCAAAAGUUUUGAAACUGUGACGUCAGUUUUCGAGGUCAAAUUCAGCCAUUCCCUUCUCCCCAGGAAACAAUGUUGGUUUGCCAUAAAACAGCGUUAAAGAUUUGAAAUUUUCUGCCUUAAAGUUGUUGUAUGAUAUUUUUUUACACUAUCAGCAUUGUUGAAGAUUUGAAAUUUUCUGCCUUAAAGUUAUUGUAUGAUAUUUUUUACACUAUCAGCAUUGUUGAAGAUUUGAAAUUUUCUGCCUUUAAGUUAUUGUAUGAUAUUUUUUACACUAUCAACAUUGUUCCAGGGGAAAAGGGAUGGAAGUAGUCAAACUUGCUAGGUGUUCCAACUAUUUUUGGCAGGUAUUGUAGUUUAUCAAGAAUGUUGGAAUUUACCUCAAAUGGAUCUUUCAUUUUAGACCAGCGGAUCUUUCUGUUUUUGUCAGCAAGGCAGAAUUUCCUUUACGUCCAAUUAGAUGUUGUAGGCCGCCAAAAAUUAUAUGUAAAAUAAAGAUAAACAAAGAUGAAAAUAAAGCUCCGAUAAAGCCUGAUAGCCAGACCUCGAUUUCAUUAUUUCCUUUUGUAGUACUAUUUCCAGUAGUACCUUCCUCAACAGCUAGAGGUGAUUGAUAGAAAUAUGUAAACAAACCAAGCGAAAUUGGCGGGACCUGAUUGGCUGAAAAAGUUUGAAAACAAAACAUCUAAUUGGACAAGAAAAAAUUAGCCUUACUGAUUUUGUCAAUGUACUAGGUUAUAUUAAGUUGCUCUUGCUACCAAGAGUUCAUCUUAGUAUCUUUUUAAAAAUGAGGAUCGGUACCGAACGAACACUGUAAAUGUUCUGUCCCUGAUGACCUUGAGAUUAAAUGGCAUUUCUGUGAAAGAUUGAUCAGCAAAUGUUGCGCCUUUGAGAUCUACUAAAGACAAACUUCAAAUUGUCUACAUCAUGAACGUAAUCCUUCUCUCCAGUUUAUUGCACUGUGUGAUUAACUAGACUGCUGGAACUUUAAAGGUCACUCAAUUUUUGCGAAUCAUGAAACCCACUUUUCAUUCGUUUUCUAACAGUUUUUGGAUGAUAUUCAAAAGUGAUUUUCAAAGCGCACACAACCAAAAUUUUUCUAGUCCAAAUUUGAAUUUUUUAGAUGUAGUAUGGGCAUGAUAUUUCUUUUUCUUAUUUGUACCAGCAUCCUCUCUGAUUUGCUUUCCAUCAAUAAACACAUUGAGAAUACUAUGGCUUAGCCUAUGAUUGAUAAUAUAUCUUAACGCCACGUAUUGUUGGAAGCAAUAUCCCUUCAAAGCCUUUAAAGGAGAAGAUUUCUGUCUCGAGAAUGAGGCUUAAACUACAAAACUAUACCAAAUAGCUAGGUCAUUCUGUUAAGCAAAUUUAAUAUGAGUUCAUACCUGUUAAAGUAGUCACUAAUCGCUGCUCAGUGGCUCUUUUCCCAGCAAAAACAGUAUUAUCUACAAGUCCGUUGGAUGCUUUUCCAGCUGGAUUUUGAAGUAAUUAUUUUCGAGAUUUGGAUAAUGCUUGGCAGUGAGGUAUUAGUUUUCUUUUGGACUCUCAUUUAACGAGAUAUGUGAUUUAUGAGCUCUGAAUAACUGGAGUACUUUAUUCGUAAUUAGAAGGUCUUGCGAGUAUCAGCUCACUGGCAUAAAAAGUUGGCUGGAACUGGGGCGAAACUGCUCCUGUUGAGAAUCUAUUACCACUAUGCAACUUAGUAUUUCACUUUUGAUCAGAUUUACUUCAAUUAGUAUUUGCACUUUGAAGUCGAUAAUUCUUGAAAUGAUAUGAAGAAAUGAUUGGAGAAAUUAUACUUGUUAGAUGAGAAUCCACCACUCUUUAUUUAAAGCACCUUGUUAUGAAAUCUAUUUGAAGGCAAUCAUUCCAAAAAUUUUAAAAAGAAGAUUUCUCUUAUCACAAGGUUUUUCUUAUCAAACUGUAAAAUUUAGUUUUGACAACAAUCCAAAGUAUAGUACGACACAGUGAAUGAAUCAGAUGUAGAAACUUGCUAAUAUCAUACUUUCCAGUAACUGAAAAGACAGAAAGUUGUCAUUUUUUAUUGAAAUAGCUUUCAUUUGGGCGGUGAAGUGUCAGCAAAGAAUAUUAUCAAUUAUGAUAUGUACGUUACGGCAUAUCAGUCAGCGAAUUAUUGUUCCUGGCUAGUUGUUCCACAACUGUAUGAUAGAAUUGUGCCUAGAGAUAUAUGUAAAAAAAAUAACUUUAUGUAACAUUCUCAGCUGAUAACAAGUAAGAAUUUGAAAACUGUCUCCAUAUCACAGUGAUGUUGAGUACUUCAAGGAUGAUUCUUGAGUCCCAUUAUACUCAUGCCAAUAAGCAACCACCAUGUUUUCAACCGUUUAAGAAAUUUUUCUUACGUGCAGAAUUUUGUGCUAUUUGCUAUAAGAGUGUAGAAAGAAGAAGAAUCAUAAUUUCAGUUUAAUUCCAUGUGCAUUAUAUAACGUUUGCUUUUCUGUAGUUCUUCUAUCAAAUAUGUAACGUUAAACGUGUCUUGAAUUAGAGUAAGCUAGCAUCUUGGAAUUGCAUGAGCAAGAAAGAGUUGGUUGUGUUGAUUACAGGUAGUUUUUGUUCGAAAAAAACAUUUUUUAGGGCUGUCGAGUUUCAUUAGAACGUACAACGUAAUAUUUUCGUGUCACAAAGGCGGGAACUCUCUGAAGAAAACAAACAUAUAAUGUAUGAAUAAACUUUUAUCUUUGAGCGAGUGAGGAGUGAUAAUUUCUUCUUAUAGUGAUAAGCUUAACCUUAUCUUUACGUUGCCACUUUUUGCAUUCUAUUUACGAUGAAGAAUGUUCUUUCAGCUUCUCAUAUAUUUUUUGAUACGGUUGCAGCUCAAGGAUAGCAUUCGAGUGUGAUUUUAAUAGUAAUAGAUCAAAAGUGCUAUCCCUAACUCUUUCAUUCAUAACUGUUCAAUCAGCUCUACCGUUCUGUUCAAAUAACAGCGAUAACGGGAUUUGUUGUGUGAACACAGUUGCCGUGUCUUAAAAAUAGGCUGAUCUGUUUGUCGUGAAACACUGGUAAACCAGCAAAGUCAAUUGGCUUUAAUCCGUUUGAUUUUUCCUUCAACUUUUGCUUUGAUAAAUGAACAAAAACCAGCAACAAUGCUGGCCGUAUGCGGUUGCUGCGAUGCAAUACGAUGGUCUGAACAGAAUACUGAAAACAGUCGAGGAAUGAAAAUAUAUCGAGCUAAACAGGAUGCAUGAUUGUCCCCCAUAAUACCAAGACGUUAAUAAUAAAGUUUCCUUUUGAUUAUGAUCAACAAUGAUUGGUAACUUGAAUUCUGUUAAAAUACUUAGAAGGGCAGGGUGGUAUAUUUUGAAUGCUGCUUUUGUCAAUUAUGCCAGGAUGUGUAAAAUAUAACUGCUAAUUGAACUGGGUGUUCGUGGGAAAGGUGAUUCUUGUCACUUUUAUUUCGAAAGUGAUUCAAAGAUAUGAAAAUAGAACGUUGUUAUGAUUAGUCAGCAGUAAUCAAUGCUUCUGAAUGGUGAAUUGAAAUUUGAAACAUUGUGGCUUUCAAUGUUGUUAUGGAACGGCCUAUGAAUCAAGACCAUUUUUUAAUGACAACAGGCUCUGCUGAUAUCAUACGAAUUCGUCUUCCACGUGUUUAGAAUGCUUAUACAUAAGUGUCUCUCGACGCAUUUCACUGUGUUUUCCAUUGAAAUAUCCCCCUCUCCUUUGUUUUUUGUAAUGUACUAUUUUUUAAUUUUCCACUUGGAUUAGCAACUUGUUGCACUAUCUCCGUGUUUAACCGACGCCUCCCGAUUGCCUGAGUUAUUAUGCUUUCUACGCACACUCGAUGUGUUGCAUUAGGCCAACUGAAUGUAUUAGAAGCUCCUAGAUAUUGUAUCUACAAAUUCCAACGUUAAGUUUUCAGCAUCAUUUUACUAUACUUCUUUCCAGUCAUUUGUUUGUCGUUGGGACAUACUGGUACAAACGGGCUUGUUAUUUGUCCCGUUGUGCAUUACUAUUGCAAAACUAUUGGCUCCUUGGCAAAAACAAAAUUUAUUUGCGUUAUAGUCACAAGGCAAUAGCGCUUGGAUAAGUCACAUGGCAAUUCAUGAUACAUAGCCUAAUGUUUAUGAAUAAAUAAGCUGGGAGUAGUUUAUAACGUUGCUAUGUGCUAUCCGUAACGAGGAUAAUAUAACUCGCUGUCAAUAGCAGCAGUAAAAAAAUAACUGUUGAUAUCUUAUGGAAAAAACAAAAACUGACAAAGAGGUUUAUUUGUAAUUGAUGAAUUAGUUGUUUUCUUUUUUUUUUUAUGAAAACAUGUUUUUGUUAUUUCUUUUAUUCGUUGCUUCCUUAUUGCUUCUUGAUUGUUUUCAUACCUGUUCCCCUAGAGGCAAAUGAUGAAUGACUGUACGGUAAAUAUGACAAACAAUACGAAUCCAUUUCGUCGUUUUGGUUUGUUGUUGUUGUUAGUCUUGUAGAGUAAAGAAGCCACUCUUUGCAAUAGGCAAAAAAGGAUAGUUUUAAACAGCAAGCAGAUACGUGGGCAGUUGUGUACCCUGACUUUGGGACAGGGUUGUAAAGCUUGAUUUCCACUUUGAUUUAAUUUGAGAUAAUUUCGUGAUCUGAUAUGGUUUGAAAAUUAACUUUAGUGGAAACGCUCAUUAAAAAGUAUCUCAUGAAAAUUAACUGGUUACUCAUGUUAACUCAUGGGCUUGGAAACAAAAGUUUUUGAUUUAAAACUCAUGAGCUAACGCAGAAUUAUCUCACGUUAACUCGUAGUGGAAACCACGCUUAAAAAGCAAGAUCUACCGAUAAAGGGGGAGAUUAUGACUUAGUUCGCUACUCAUACAAAGCUACAGGCAAUUUUCUGGCAAAAAGGUUUUGACCAGACAAACAUCAGAAAAAUUUAGGUGUCUUCCCCUCCCUUCUACACCCAGCGAUUUUGGCAGAACCUUAAAUUGAGGUGUUUCUUGAAUAUGAUAAUACCACUUUGUCUAAAAAAGAUACUUUGCAAGAAAUUUUUACUUUCUUUUUACAUUAAGUUUGAUUUUUGAUCAUUUAAUCUUGGUGUCGUGUGUUGUGUGCUUUCAGGUUAAACGGACGCAAAGCAAAGACCUUUUCCUCUUCGUGGAAUCUCUAAAGAAGACAAAUUUGCACUAGGCCUUUUCUUGAAAGUCCACAAGAAUGCAAGUCACGACUUGUUCUACAAUAAAUGAUAGGUCUGCUUUAAUUUACUAUGUUGCUUCGUAAGAAGAAAGUAUAUAAUACAUAAAUUAGCAAUGCAAUCUUCAAAGAACGUAGUGUGAAGAGCACGGGAGAACACGCCAUAUGUGGCGGUAGAACAUAUUUUGUCAACAACAGCAAAAGAAGAUCGCCUUUUAUCGAACACGCGAGAUACUGCGGCACCUCGCUAGUCUUUCGACCAAAUUUGUUCACUAUCUGACUUAAUACGGUAACUUUGUACAACGACCGAACGCUCAGAUGAAUGAAAAGACAGCAAAAUCGCAUUUAGAGCUUAUUGAAAAGCCCAUUGAAUUCACUAGUAACAUUAUUCCGUCAUUAAGCCAAAUUAUCUUAGUUGCUAUAGACGUAAUUGUAUCACGUAUCUAAUUUAAAGACGGUCGUACAUUUUAGUCUUUGUUCUGUUUUGAACUAGGGGAAUUCUUUUAAGAUUUAUACCCUAAUGAUAUCACGUUUUGAAGAAUUGAAAUUUAAACGAGAAUAUUUUCGCAGAGGUGAGCUCUCGUUACAUUUCAUUCCAUGUCUGAUGCAAAUUGUGUUUGCCAUGGUAACAGACCAAUUGAUUAGUAACUGUCUUUAAUUAAUUCUUCGAAAUUGCGGCCUAACAGAUCAACUUUGGCUUGUUUACAAGCGUUUGAUUAAAGAUGUUUGUCAUUCUCCGCAUCCAAUUGCGAAUGAUAAUGAAUGAAACACCUCGAUAUUGGUCAUCUGUUUGUAUUUAGCUCUGUGGAUGGUCCUCUUCUUUCUCUGUUUGUGGCCUGACGUCCUUAAUAAUAGCAAAUCUUUUGAUAUAUCUGCCUUAGGAAUUUAGAUACCUGAUAAGCUUUUGCUGUCAUUGAUGUAGCUCCUUUGCUUUGGACUUCAAGUGACGGUGGCUUGAAAAAGCAUUGGAUAAAAGAGUAGUGUCUUGGGGCAUGGGGGGCGGUUCCUCUAAAAUUUCCCUUGAUAAGAAUGGAUCUGGCUCUACGAAAUUUUCUUAGCUUUUACAAUAUUUCAGUGUUAAAACUUUCCCACGUUUUCUUGACAAGUUUUGCAGUAUUGCACAUAUGUAACUUCGAAUUUACGAAUUAAACUACUUAGAACUUAGGAUGAAUGUUUAGCUGAAAUCUUAGCCCAACGAUCUUUAUUCGCAUAUGCUUUUUCUUGCCAAAAUUUGUAUUUGAAUAUAUCUUUGAACAUCCAUUCUUUAUCUACAAUAUCUAGCACCAAAUGGGAGAUGAAGAGAACCGUAUUUAAGAAGAAUCCUUAAUACUUUACUAGAAGCCACAAUUCAACAUUGGAGAUAGUCAGUAUGGACAUUGUAACUGCUUGACGAAAGUUCAUUUCAUUUGAUUAACUGUAGUUACUUUUGCAUCUAAACUCUGUCAAAAUUGAAACGCAUGCCUUCGCCCCCAAGGGGCUGAGCCAAUUUUGUAAGGGCCUACCAAAAUUUAGAACUCGAGCGUUGUAUCACAAAGGUGAUUCCACUAUUCGUUCAAAUGAACUUGCAUAAUUUAUAAAAAAACCUUGGCUGGCAGCAGAAUUGUAGCUAAAGUUUUUGUACUUUGUAGUUACUCUAAAGUUGUAGUUACUCUAAAGCUAUCCUUGCAGCGGUUUAACGGGAAAUAAAAAUUUAAAGAACUCUAGAAAUUUUCAAUGCUAUAAAGAUAUACCUGAAGGGCAUUAGUCUUCUAAAGGAAGCAUGUUGCUGCGUCCUAAAGGAGAUGAUCUUGCAUAAUCUUCGAAAAUCGUGUAGCUUAAGCGGUGUUUUGGAAAUUUGCUAGUUUGCUAUGAGAGUAACAGAUGGAGCACCCCCCACAAGAGACCUACCAACCAUCAUUUCUUUUUUAUUCAAAAAGAUAUAAAAGAUAUGUUUGAUGUUUCCUUGGCCUUUUGAAUGUACUUUGUGUGACAACUGGCGUAAUUUUUAACAUUUUCAGGAUGUUUUUUAGGCCGUUUUCAGACAGAGAGGUGUCUGGCACUUUUUAAGUCUUUUAUAUUGUUGUCUUUGCUUAGAACAACUCGGAAAUAAAGGCACUUGUCAAAAGCCAGCCGAUAAAGGUUGCCUCUUUCUUUUUCACUAUUAUUUUGUCAUACUGCUGAUUGAUACGGAUGUUUGUAAUUGAAGAAUUUUUCUUUAUACUUUUAAAAACAGACAGGCAUUUCUGUUAUCUGAGUAAGUACUUCCUAGAAUAUUUAUGUUGUCUUUGGCUGCCACCGAUUACCCAUUUGCUGCCUAUGCAGGCUCGUGGCAAUAGGGGUGAAAUUCUCAGUUAUCCGGUUUUCCUAUGGCUACCAAGCAAAAUAUCUCAGAGUCAGACUGGCAGAUAUACUAAUUGUCUGGCCCCUGUGCCGUUUUCCUUAGAAGUAGGUGUCCCAUUUCUGUCUGCAAAGAGGUAGAUAAUACGUCGGAGCAGCUGACUUACAAUUAAUUAGAUGGCCUUAAUAAACUUCUGUUGAAAGUUCUGAUACUGGCUUUCCUCUACCGCUCUCUCUCUUUCAAAGCCCUUUUUGACAAGUAAUUUUGGGUAUAUGGGUUGAGACAAAUGUCUGAAUGCUGGUGUUCGUGGCUGGGAAACAUGCACAUACAUUACACCCCUCUUCCCUGCCCCCUCAAAAUUGAGACAUAUUCAAAUAUACAGAGGAAAUGAACAAACAGAGAAUAGGGGGAUGAGAUGCAUAAUCAACAGCUUUCCAGGAGUUUUGUUAAUAAUAUUUAAGAAACGUUGUUCCAAAAUAGUAGGGAACCAUCCAAACAACAGAUAUCCAGGCAAACAUGAAAUAAGGUGUUCUUAACUCUUGAAAUGCAAAUAUAAAUACAUUUGCAGAGCCCAUAUGGCUAGAAGCGCUGUAACUGUUUUUUUUUCAUUUGGAUUUUCAAUUCUUGUUUUUGAUUUUAUUUAUCUUAAAUAUCGGCCGCGUGCUUGCGUUUUUCUUAAUGGCCCAUUUCGAUCCACGACUGGGAAUAUUUUUUCCAUUUUGUUCUCUUGGCAGGGGCGUAGCGUGCGGGGGAGGUGUGGGGGUGUACACCCCUUCAGCUUUCAGAGAACUCGUCGGUAGAAUUGAAUUUAUAACAAAAUAUUUAUGUAACAAAAGAAUUUCUGUCGGUAUAAUAUGGUUUUGCAUGUUUUACACCCCCACCCCCCAGCGAGAAUGGUCAUGCGACGCCACUGUCUCUUGGACCCUUAUUCUUAUGUUUCGCACUCUGAGAGUGUCAGAUGAAAAAGCUUUCAGCAUGAUGUUUGCUUAUUUGAAAGCCAUUUUCAAAUUUAGUACCGCAAACAAAUUGUUUAUAUUUAUCUUACAAAUGAAAUUAGAAGCUUUAAGGCAGGGAGCUAUUCUGAAAAUGAAUGCCUAUUUGUAGUCAUGGUAAGGCGAGAAGAAAAGGAAAAACAUGAAAAAUGAUCUUUGAACUACCAACGAAAAGCAAUGGACAACGAAUAAAAAUGUUGGAUACACCAUUGUGAGCUUCUUUUUCAACAUUCUUCUACAAACGGUUAUAAUGAAGCGCUGCACAGGAGCAAAAAACGUCAUAUACGCUUACGUCUCCCCGAAAAGGGUCUUGAGAGACACCGUUUCAUCUCAUCGUUCCUGUUAGGAUUCUGGCUCUUGCCUUUUGCAAACACCCCUGUGGUGUUUAGUCAGGCAUCGUGGCAUCAACGACCGUUAAAACAGUCUAGCGAUAUUAUCGUGAUGUCUCGAAAUCUUUUUCCAAGAAAAUUGUUGCCAUCUGUUGGCCUAAAUUUGUCACGAUUCGUUAAGCCAGGAAGUCUUCGGUCAAUGCAUGUAGCGUGAUGGCAUUUCUGCCCCCAAAAUAUCCAAAUCUUUGCCAGCCAAUUAUCAGGCCUAUUGAGAUUUUCCUUUUCUUUCCUUUUUUACCAGAAGUUUGAAACGUAUUUUGAUUGCCCUCUUCCUCUGUUCUGCCUAUUUCUUGGCUGUUGAUAGGCAAAGACAGAUGUCUCUUCGCAUAUGUACACCAGCCCUUGAAUAGCAUAAUUUAUUACGGGGUAUGCAAAUUAUACCUAAAAUGCUCUCUGGCUGGGAUAGCCUUUAUUUUUUGCGUUGACGAUAAAUUUUUCCUGGCCGGUGAAAUUAUUUUAUUUUAGGCAUGGGAAUAAUUAUGCUAAUUGUUGGAUAUAUACCUGAGAACUGCUUUCAAUACCAAGCACAUAUACUUUGGUCUGGGCCUACAGAAAGAGAUUAGGUUUACGUUUUUUGACUCUGGCUUAGACAUCCACUGUAAGGCAACGAAACUGGACAUGUCAGAUAAAAGCCAUCAUUGUGCUCUCUUUUUUUGAGACCUUUAUCUAUGUUUUGUUAGUUGAAUUUGUACUAAUGAUCUGUUGAUUUAAGAUUAGCUUUUAUUAGUAACAUUUUGAGUGCGUUUUGUCGUCGACAUUCAUAGAUUUGCAUUCCGUUUGCAAACCAUAGACUUGUCUAUGUAAAUUUGUCACUAACCUCUUGACCUGUGGUGUGUUGGGUCAGCAAUAGGUUUGCAUUUUUGCGUCAUAUGGCUCCCUGUCACUCGAACUUCUGUUGCUUGAACAUUAUACCAAUUCAGAUGCUACAGCAAAUAAUUUUGGGUUGGGAAACUAAUCUACGCUUUUAAGAGAAACAUGAAAUAACAAUAAACCACAAGGCUAUCAGCAUGUUAUUCUUUUUGUUAAUUAAUAGUCUACAAUUCGUUUAAAAAGGCAACCAUUUUGUUUUUUUCCUGGCCGAACCCCCAAUUAAUACGGAGUGGGUAACUACGUUAGCCAAGAAAGUGAUACGAUUGAAUUUAAGUUAUGGCUUUUGAAAAUACCUCCAUUUGACAUCGAGGCUGUUUGAAAAGGAUAGAGUUAGUGCUACUACAGAAAAGGAACUAAAUAAAUUUGUACAACAUCAUUUGCUGUUUUCUUAUUGGUUUGGUUCUAGAGUAUUCUAUAUAAUUCUUAAUCAUUUCAUUGACUCUUUCUCAUUGAAUCCGUCCAACUCAACUUCACGUGAAACAUAUAAAGCAGUUUUAUCAUUUCGUGAGAGACCACUGUAGAUGACAUUUGACACGUGGAUGACAAUUGAGAGAAAAUUACAUUAAAGUUGCAUUAAUAUAGAGAAGAUUUCCAAACUGCCAGACAGCUUUUUUUGGAUUGUAUAAAGGAUUAUUUGAGCGAGGCAUUCCAGAAACUGACGUAAAAAGAGCUGCUAGUACGCGCAAAGUACUUAUGACUAGCAUGUUAUGAGAUUAUACUAAAGUGAUGAUUCGAUACUUUUAGUCGUCUAGACAAAGCGAGCUGGAAUUUUCUUGGCAUUAUGAAAUCUAGGGUUCUGGAAUCAUAUAGAAAAGAACCGUAGUUUAAUGUUGAAUACGACAAGAAUGGACCCGGAGGUUUUACAAAAAAUUGUUCAAUGAGAACUCACCGCCUUAAAAAUUCAAUAGGUAAACCACAGGCUCCAACACAGGUUGGAGAGUGGGGGGAGGGGGGGCGAAUGGAGAAUUUAACACCCAUAACAAAAGACUCUUGUGAGAUGUUCUAUAUUUUGCAAAGAAGUGCGGGUCCAUACACUAGGGAAUGCCCAUAACUAGCUUUUGGCUACGGCAGUUUCAUAUCCAUAGAAUCGCUUAAUAAAGAACAUGUUGCCAAUAUUACCCCAUCCCCAACACUUUCUCAUCAAAUUUAGACGCAAUAGCAAAUCCAUCCUGUCGAGAAAUGGGCACAAGUGUUCCCCCUUUAAUAUCCCGUGGCGCCACAAUUGUUCCCUUUAUACGCCCUAAAAGUAAGAGCCAGUCCACUAGUUCUAUGACACAAGCAAUCAAGUGUAGCCUUUUUAAGACACCAAAAUAGCACAAGUCAUCAUCCCUUGUUAUUUGCUUUCUGCUUAUUUUACUGCCGCAAAUGGAUGGGUUUGGUCACAGCUUUUACAAAAAAAUAACGAGUUUAACCAAGGAAAUGGGGCCGUGACCCUAACUGCAGACGAAGCUUAAAAAGAAGGAGCUAUCAAGUGCAAGAUCAAUAUUUGGCCGAGUGAAAGAAACGAAGGCGACGAAUAAGAGAUCGUAUGAAUGAAUGAGCAGACCAGCAACGAACUCCAAUUUUAUUUUCUUCAAGAAUACGUUUAAUAGACAAACGUUUCACCUCUGCUCUGAUUUGCCAAGGCCCAAACCACUAGAGAAUGGCAUCUGCCCCUAAUAGACCACCUACAAAUAGUAAAACACUUUGUUAGUGCUAUGAGCAAAAAGUAAGCAAACAUUGAUAAAUUCUGUCGUUAGUCUAUCAACGUACUACUUUUAAAUUUAAAGAAAAAUUUUUGUGGUGUUUUAGUUGAAUGCUAUAUUUAGUCCCCAAGGUCCAUUAAGAAUGGAGCAGCUGGCACGAUAAUUUUAUAUCCAUGAGGUAGCAUGAUACGCGAUCUGCUAUACAUGUACUAAGACCAGUUUCUAAAUACAACAAUUAUGAAGCCCCGCCUUGCCUAUAGAAGACAGCAACAUGAUUUACCGAGUCAUCCUUUUUCAGAAGCGGCACCAAGGGGGGGGGCAGGUCCCACCCAGUUCUCGGCAGAAUCGAUCUUAUGUUUCAUCUAAUUUCGGUGGGGAAGGGUUAGGGGAGGGUAAUAUUUUAGCAUUGUAUUUUUUGUGAUGUAAUGCUAUGAUUUCGAGACCGCCUUCACGUGAUCAAAAGUUGGUCAAAGUCUUUUCUUAUUGGCAAAAUUGGCGUUCUUUACUUAUUGGCAAAACUGGCGGGCCUUUUUUGAUAGUAAAAAAGGCGUGACCUAAAAUGUUUUGUUUUGUUCCCUCCCCCUAAAGCCUAGUGGUUGGUGUCGUCCCUGUCCUUUUUUAUGUGUAUACGUUAAGCUUGGUGUACAUUUCUAUGCUUAUGAAGCUUGUAAUGCAUUUAAAGCUUGUAUCUCGUCAAUGGCAGGCAGUGGGGAAGCAAAAAUUUGGUCACAGCUUUCUCUGCAUUACAGAAUACAUGUCUUUAUCCAAGCACAAAUAGUUGGAGGUGUGAGCACCCACUUUUUCGAAAAUUGACAAGUGAGGUUGUGCCCCCUGACACCCCUCCCCCACCUCUACAUCCCUGUGUCAGACCCGAUGCUGCAAAGGAUCUGCGCAAACAUCAUACAGUCCAGACGACUCACACACUUAUACCUAUGGGAAAACUGUACUUCACCUUCCAAACAUUUGUACUCUCCUGGCACCGCUGCUGGUCCUCAAUUGCUUCAGGCUACUGCUUAGACACCGAUUAUCGCAGUUAACUUCUACUUGAGGAAGAAUGUGUACUCUUAAGCCAAUAUGACGUAUUUUGUGCACGAAUGAUACUGGAGGUCCUGUCAAUCAAGACUGUGAAAUAUCCUGAACAUCUCCUUGCAAACUCUCUCAAAAAGUUAGAGGCUGCAUUAAGCCAAGUUUUUUUGUCAAAGACAUUCGGCUCUUUUUAUUAUUUCAAGCCAACUGAAUUUGAUAAUUUGCAGAUGAGUUUUAACUUACUAUUGAAGAAUAAUAAAGCUUUUCAGAUUUCAUUUAUUUUUACUGGUUUAGCUCUAAAAAAUUUUGUGAGAAACGAUGAGAUAAAGCAGUUCUGAAGUUCUUCACUAAGAGGUUAUUUUCACUUUUGCAUCUUUGCUGAGUAAACAUUGAGAGGAAGCGAAGAGGGAGGAGCCUCAUAGGCUUUCGCAAAGAGCAUGUGACCAUAUCUCAUAUUUGUGUAUCAAUAAUAUUGUAAUGUUUUCAAAAUUUCUUCCCAGUUUACUCGAUUUAGUUACCUUCAAUUUAAGACCUCUGAUUCACAGAGAAUGGCAAACCUUGCGAAAUACGAAAAGAUCCAAGAGAUGCUCUGCUAGGUCUUAUGAAAUUGGGCUGUGAUUGCCCAAUCAUGUUGACUACCCCCACCAGUCCUGCUGCUUUGCCACCUUUAAAGCCCGUGCCAUUGUAACCUGGGUUGUUUCUGUACCCAUUAACCCCGUGCAAUUGCUUUUCCAGAUAAUUGUAACGGAUAAUCAUCAUCUUUCCCUGACCUGAAGUAACAUCACCCCAUUUCGAGAAAUCAUAUUGUUAUGUUAAGAUAAAACGUCUAUCGUCGAGGGGAAGAUACCUUUGAUUGGAAAAUAGGGCUAGAGAGCUUGAUCAGAUUCGCGUUUUUAAAUCAAUGUUUUCAGUUAUUUUCUUAUUACGGUGCGUGCUUCUCUGAGGCUAUUUCAUUUUCUAAACUGAACUUUUUGUUUCCGAUUUGUAGCAAACUCUCCCACUGUACAAAUGACGAACUGAUGCGAUUAUCAUUCUACAACGCCCGAAUGUUAUGAACAAUUCAAGCCUUAUCAAAGGAAACUCGGCUCCUCGAGAUCGCAACGGCCUAAGGCAAAUCUAUAACUCAAUCUGGCAGGGUGCCGGUAUCUUUCGAUUUCAUUCAGCCCAUAAACCUGUAACCUAAGGGAGAUUCAUUGAUAUUUGUCAUAUUAAUGAGUUUAUGUGGAUGAAAAAUGGCUAGUGUCGGAGCUAAAGACAUUCCAUAUCGAUUCCAACUUCCCUUUGUAAUUUCCACUUCUUUUCAAAGCUUAAGACCUAAUAGGGCGUUGCCAUUAUUACUAGCGCCUCCAUUUCAUUCCUUAACAGAUAUGAGACAUAACCAAUGCAAAUAUCUAUUAAAGUAAUUAACUAUUUGGAGACCCUUGUAGCUCAUUGUUUCCAAUUUCACCAAAACAAAUUCAAAUAAAAAAUACCUGAUACGACUGACCACCAAGCAUCGAAUCUCGAUUUUAUUUUUACCAGACAUGUAAUCGUGACGUCAAAAAUUCAAUCUUUCUUGCAACGCGUUUGAAAUUGCUAAUAAAAACAAAUGCCACCACACAUAGUGGUUAACAGUAAGGCACUUCAAAUGUCACUUUGCGCUGCGCCUUUUCAAACAUAAUCACCGUUUCUCUGUCAUUUUCACGUACAACUUUAUCUUAAAUAAGUUCUGCAACUUAAAGCAUCGUCAGCGUGUAUGGUAGAAGAUAAAUUUAGCUGUAGAUAAAUACAAGCUCUUUUUUCACUGCCACCAAUCAUUCGAUUUGAGGCGCUUUGAAAUAUCCAAAUGGCAGAGUUGUUCUAUCUACUUUUUAAUAACUGCUCUGGUAGCCAGUACAGGCUGCAACUGGAGCAUUAAACCGCAUGUAAUCAGCUUGCCUUCACUAUCUGAUAUUCACCAUCUAAUGCCUGGUAGAGCCUCAACAGAUUCCUAACAGGGCCUAAACAGAGGUGAUACGAGCUAAGGCCCUUGUAUCCAUGUAGCAAUUUUGUUCGCAGUAUGGAUCCUUGAGCUAAGACAUCUCAACCUCUAUAAUUUGGAUACUAAGUACUCUUUUUUAAUGCCAUUUUAUCUCUAGAAAAUUGGCAAGUAGGAGGUAAAAGAAAACUGAUCUUUUGAACUAUCUUGUCAAUUUGAUUUAGUUUGAAAUUCUUUGUUUUUAAAGAAUCGUGAUUUACCCGUAAACAUAAAUUAAAAGCUAGGCACUUGGACUCAAACUUAUCUAAUUCAUGAAAUCUAGAACUUUUUAUGGCAAGAAAAACGCUGAUUAUAAAUGCGCUUUCUGACACCAAAGCGCUUCCUAAAGCAGUUUAUAUUUUGCAGAUACUAAUUUUAAGACCUAUUGUACGUUAUCUCAAAGCACCCUCUAAUACAAGUCCCGUUAUAACGCGUUGGUAUAUUGAUAAUGAGACUUAUGUACGAUUAUGCAGCCUUGUUUUAGCGUCGCAACGAGCGCUAGUAAAAAGGCCCUGCUCACAGGACGCAAGAUGAGGUUCCGAAAUGCGUAGUACAUUUUUCUUCGCAGUACCCUCCACACAAAACGAAGGUUUCCAAGCGACAGUGUAUCGUUUGCAUAUGUUCAAACGCGCACGUAAGUGACACGCCACGCUAACGUACUAUAUAUUCAGAGCGGACUGUAAAAACCAUACGUUAACUCGAUAAUUUCAAGUGCUAAUUUUUGAGUUUUAGUAGGUAUUCUACGUCAUCUUUAUCCUUAAAGUGCAGAUUAAAACGUGUUUUAGAUGACCUGUUUCACGACUUGCCAGAAAAUUAUGCUUAACACUGUUAUAUAAAAAAUACUUUGCUAAGUAUUAUGCUUGCUCUGAUGUAUCUUGUUACGUCGACAGCGUUUGCAUACAGAUACCAACAAACAAUUAAAAUUUCAGCCUUUAUUUGACAUACGAUAGCUUGACAUUUGGUACAUCCUACGCAUUAGCAGUCUGGAACCCAAGAAAAACGUCAUAAAAAGACGUCAUUUUAAAAUAAAUCAGCCCUUGGGGCACUUAAACGUGCGGUAAGGUUGAUAAUAGCAGUUGAAAGCUGUGGGCUGAACAACAUUGUUACGGCAAAGUUUACUGAAGAUCAGUUAAAAGAAUCCAAAAAGUAGUCAUUCGUUUGCUGUUACCGUCAAUAGAUGCCGUCUCUUGUUUUCUUUGUUACACUAUCAGUUGCAAGGUUUUUUGGUGUUUCGGCAUGGUCAGAGUGGGACAAGGUGGAGGGACCUGUUACUUUCCAUUCAAGACACUGUUAUCACAAUAGAGUUACGGGGAAAUUUUUUAGGAAGGAGUUGGGGCUUUUCCCAACCGACACUCCCACUUGUAAAUGUUACUAACUUGCAGCCUUCUCGGACGUGUUGUGCGUCUAGGCUACUAUGGACGCCCCUUACAAAAUCUAUUACUCUAUCAAAUGCAGUUUUCAGACACAUUUUAGGCCCUUUAUGGUACGGAAACUGCACUUUGGGCAUUUACGGUUCGAAAGUAUCCAUGGGUAGUAACUGUAUCUUUCAAGUCAAGCGUCGCUUAGUCCAUGGAUGGAUGACCUGUUCUCAUCACGGGUGACGUUAAGUACUUUUCCUCCUGACUCACGAACCCAGCAAAAUUCUGUUUCUUAAAGACGGGCCUGGCAGAUUCUCAAUAGAUCAUCAUUUUCUUGAAUCAAAUGUGACUUAAUGACAAUUAGCCAACCUGAAAUAGGCCCAGCGUCUCAGUUGAGCCAAAAACUAUAUUAAAGUACAAGCUCCUCUUGCAAUUAUAAACACAGAUAUAAGCGGAUGGUGAAAAUGAAUGUCACUUUAUUAUUCUAGGCCCAGAGCCCUGAAAGUUCUAAAUGCAAGCCGACGAUUUUGCGCACUUCACUCAGCGCAUAGGAAAAUUGGAACAGACAAAGAUCAGUAACACUUACAUGGCGCCGCCUUGUUGAAUUAUCCAUCUAUAUAAGACGUUCUCGUCAAUCUAGCUUUCAAUUUUUAGCAAGUUUCGUGAAAGUGUCGGGUGCAAUUUCCUCAAAUAGAACAAAAUCAUGUGUCAAGUUGAGUAACCCCGAUAUUACCGUCUAUUUUGUUGAUUAGCUUCGCCUUGUCAUUUCACCGCAAAUGUUAAUUUCACUCAGUACAGAUGACAUCCGAUAUCUCGAACUUUUUCGAGAUAGUGCAUGACCAAAAUAGCGGGCGUCCCAUCAAAUUUGUCUGAAAAUUUGCAGAUUUUAAAUUAGCUGCAGUAGGUCAUGAAAAGUGUUUCGUAAAAAAAUCAAUUCAAUAGAAAAACUCUUUUCUGGAGUAAUUCAAUUUCUACAACUUUGUUGAGCUUGUAUCUUCGAGCUGCAAAAUGGCAUCACUGCAUUAACCACUCUAUAUAGUGGUUAAAAAUUGCUCAUCUGAAUUCGUGACAACUCCAGCAGCCAAAAAUCAAAUACACUCUUAAAUAUUUAUUUUGAAUAAGGACAGCUUGGUGUCCUCGUACCUUCACGGUGUCACAUAACAAAAAGUACUGUUUAUUUCGAUUGACAUUCUGACAAAAGUGUUCUGCGUUGUUUGGCAAACAACAAACAAAGAUGUAAGGAAAGGAUUUUUUUCUGGAAAUGUGAUUUCACACUUGCACAAGUUGACUUUGGCCAUUUGAGACUUGAGUUUUGGUUCAAGCCUUUUGUAUUAUAAAAAGCAAUAGUAAAAAAUACAAUAUUGUUUGAAACAGAGAAACGUAACUGGACUUUCGUUCAAAAUGUCACCUACUCGGAGACAAGGUGUUCAUCUUUUUUUGUCUCUAUCCAUUCUAUCAUUACAAAUUCACUUGGAUUUUUUACCUGUCUCAUACUGUAACAUUGUGGUUAAAUUCUCUUUCCACUAGUUUAAAUGCUUAAAUUCUGAAGACUUUGAUGACAUAGCCUAUAGUGGCUACUAUUUUUUGGGGGGCAUUCGGCACCAGCUCCCCAAAACUUACAAGAUCCCUUCUAAUUAGUAGAGAGUGCGGGAAAAUAACCGACCCGAGCGAGGCUCGAACUCACGACCCCUCACUUUGUACGUCAAAGUCAGGGGAAGAUCACUUCUGUUCCUAUUGUUCUCAAACAAGUGCACCCCUAAUAAUUCUAUUCUCAUCGACGCUGAUACUUAGAAAGAUAUUAUCAAAUGUUUCGUUUGCCCACUUACCCAUAUACUGUGGUGCUAUCUAAACGAUGUGUUUGUCGACUCUAUGAUAAGAUGGUAUCAACUUUUCAAUUAGAUAUAAGACCACAACCCAUUGCAACGCCACAAGUUUGAAUUUACCCUUUAUUAUACAUUCAUGGGCUCCGGGUACCAUUUAAGGAAAAAUUCUGUUGUGCCAGAAGAUUGAAAUAUUUCGUCUUUAACCACUGUCUGCUGCAACUGGACAGGAGACAGUAAGAUGUAGACUUGGUUUAAAUGUUGAUAUUUGCUUGUUUUGGCGUUGUUUGUCAAAUUAUGCAGAAAAUAGUUUAACCAAAGAUUACAGCAUACCUAAUGGCAGUGUCAUGCGUACUUUAAGUUAUUUUUCGGAAAGUUGCUUCCACUAAAUCGCUUCUAAAUGACGUCAGAAAAUUACAUUCUGCUGUCAGUCUAAGGUGUACGAGCUACCAUUAUAGCUAGCUUUUGGCUAAUCGCUGACUUCAAUUUCCACAGUAUUGAAAACCCACACUAAGAUGGACCGUAUUUUCUUAUUAGAUUUGUAGGUGAACAAUUUUUUGGCGGUACAGAAUUUGAAAAUGGCUUUGAAAAAAGCAAACAUUCCAGAACAUUCCACAUAACUGCAUAGAAAGGUCUUGUUGUGGAGGUGCAGGUAACAUCAGGGCCAAAGCUGCGAAUUUGAAAGUGGGGGGGGCAAGGCUAAUGAAAGUGGGGGGCAAGGCUAUAUUCACCUUUGAUUGUUGCUUCGAAAUAACCUGCUUCACAAAAAAGUGGGGGGCAUGGCACACUGCCCCCCCCCCAGUGGCGUGGGCCCUGGUUAACAUGAAGCCAACUUGGGACGUAACUAGUUUAUAAAGAUGCAAGUUUUUCCCGUAACAGGGAGGGCGACGUACUUGCACAGAGAUAUCUAACCUGGAUGCAAGAGUCUCCAUAAUUUGGUCUCAGAAAUAUAGUUCGAAACCAGUCACAGAAAUUUUUCAGCAGUCUACAAUUUCUUUUCCCCGGUAUCUUGAGUCUGGCACACACGGUAGGAGAUUUAGCAGAUUCUUAUAUUGACUGACUGUUAUGGCUAGUCUAGAAUACACUCAAUUUUAUGGUGUGGCUCUUAUUCCUGCAAACAUUUUAUUGCACAGAAACAUUGGUUUCGAUCAAUAAGUUUGUGGUUUCUAAAAUUGAUGAAACCAUAGUCUAUAGAAUUCUGUAAACUAUGAUUAAGAUCAAGAAAUUUUGCAGUAACAGAUCUCCAAUAUACUGCCAUUUCACUCUCCACGGAGACAUAGUACUUCUAAGAAUUCCCUUUAUACGACUUACGAUGACUACUGACACGAUUCUGGUUUAUUUCUGUGAUGACGUCAUAUGCGGAUUCUUUUUAACUUUUCAAGAAUGACAGCUGAAGCUAUCAAGUGACAUUCACUUAAUCGGUUCUUUCUGGAUGACGCCAUGUUUCGCGGUUGUUCAUAGCUUUCUAAAGCUCUUAAUGGACUUUUUAGCUAAUUUAAAUUCAUAAUCUCUACACAUUUAUCGUCAUCAUCGAACGUUUUUGCGUCAGAAGGUAAUGGUUGCGCAACUGAAUAAAAGUAUUCCUGAAAUGUCCGUUAACCUAUAAAACGUUUUCAUUUUAACCCCUGGUCAUCGACUCAUUGUCCCUUACUUGGGUUCAGAUGUUUCAUAUCAAUUCUCGGCAAAACAGUUUUCCCAGGAAUAAAGUCGUUUAUCGAGGAAAAGUUAGUUUUUGAAACAGUAGGCAUUCCCCCUAUUGUUAUUAGUCCAACACAUUCGGGUUGCUUGACGGUUCUAAAUGUUCUAAGUUUCAGACACGGCUUAUUUUAAUUUGGCUGCUAGCAUACACUCAUUUUUUAUAAGAAACUGGUAAUAAGAAACGGUAGGCACAAUUUUUCGGAAGUUAAGAAACAAUCCCAUCCAAACUGAGAAAAGCUAAGAAAUUUUUAUAAUUUGCAGUUUUAAUUUUCCGAGUUGACAAUUGAAACGGUCUUGACAUUGAACAUCACUGUUUAUUGCAACAUUACAUUUGACAUGCAGUUUGCAUUCAUUCUCAGUAAAAUGCACACUCAAGAAGUUUUCAUUUUAAAAUUUGUUUCGACUUCAGCUUGACAUUAAUGAAGUUCAAUGACCUUAACUGUUUACAGAUCUCAACAGAGUUAGUCAUUCUAGGAAAACAAAAUUCCUUGAUCACUUUGUUAGUUUAUCUCUGAAUGUGAGUGAACAAUUCACUUAUUCAAUACCUAAGAAUUUUAAGAAACAUGUAAGAAACUUUUGAUAGCAAAAUGGCCAGAAAAUUUAAGAAGCUGCCUACUAGCAACGGACCUCAGUUUCUUAUAAAAAAGAUUCGUGUAUCGCUUCUAAGUAGCAUUUAUUCAAAAUUGAAAGAGUGUAUUUUACAAGCUCUUAUUUGCCCUUAUUCCGUGUUAUCUUUAUAAAGGAAGAAUAAAUGGAGGAAGAUUCCGGCAAUGUAGCGACUGGGACAGGAGUUAUCAAAACUUCUUAUUCCUUGUUGGUCAGUGACUAUGAAUGGAUGGUUUCACUAUGACUAUGAUUCGAUGAAGCAAUGAUUCAAAAUUACCAGGCAGUGUUAAAUCACACUCUAUUUACAAGAACCAGUUAAUUGAAGUUCAGGCUUGCUGUUUUUAAAUUUUUUUCGAAAAUUUUGGGCUGGAUUGUUCUUAAUUUGUUCUUGAAUUAUUAGGGUGUAAGCUGUGCAAUGACUAUUUAGAAUGUUCCAGGGGGUGUUCAUGUCUCGCUUGUCAACGCAAAAGUGAGUUGGUCAUCCUUUAUUUGGCGACAAGCUUGAAACUUCAAAGAAAAGCGCCCCUAGAUUGCAAAAAUUUCCCCGUUUUCGAGAUGAAACCAUGUUUAAAAUCGAGGGGCAACUCACUAUUGCAGAAAGCGUACGAGAUUUUGCCGAAAACAAAAGGAUUUCUGGGGAUUUUGAGACAAAACAAUAGGAUUUCCACCAAAGGUGUACGAGAGUGAUUUUUUAGAGUGAUUUACCCCUCGUUUAAAAUCAUAUUUUACAGUAGCUCAGUCUCAUAACUUUUGACCAAUUUUAAGAUUCGUGUUCUUAUAAAAUUGUUCUAAUGAAAAUAGAGUGUAUUGCUCUGGAAGAGUAUAUGCAAGAAACUUUUCACUCUUGAUGUUAGAUACAUAAAACCCAGCCUCGUGAGGCGCCUUGAUUCUUUGAACUCGUAAUGAGGAACUGGAAUCCAUGCAGAUGUCUGUUACCUUUCUCGCAAUGACGUCAUUGGUGACGAUAAACGUCCCAAAGGCAUAACACAUAAUACGUUUUAAAUCUGCCCUGAGAAAAUUUGCGAUUGUUCUCCAUCUUAAGUGAAAGAUCAACCGUCUAUUAUAAAAUACAAUCGCAUAUUGUCAACAGUGGGUGUGAACAGGGUAGCGGCAUAUUUCAAAAGAACAGUGGCCAUUUGUCGUGACUCAUCACCUGACCUGUAAAACAUUUCGCAUUUCCAAAUUUUCUUUUCACAUAGAUUGUUUAUUCAAGCCGAUGAUUUGCAACUUGAUGAGAAGUUUUCAUAGAGCAUCAUCAACCACAUACAAGAAAGAGAUGCGUAACCUUUAAUCAGCAAAAAGCGAUGAUUUCGCUUAUCGCCUUCCGGCACACUGAAGAGUUUACACCACUUUAUCAAUAAAUCAAAGAGCAUUUACUGUCAGCAUAAUCUCUAGUAAAUUAUAUCAUUUCUUUUACAGAGGAAAAAGAGGUGUUUUGCUCUCCCACCGUUCUCUCUUCUCCGUUUUUCAUAUUCCCGAUCUCCUUUUCUUGUUUCCUUUCAUACAAAUGCCCCUAUUCUAUCCAAUAAGAAAUUUUGAAAACAUUAGUGAAGGAUUUUAUAGAUUUUUUUGCUGUAUAUAAAAUUUUGGGUUUUCAAGAGCGGAGUAAAUAAGGACGAGAGCACGUUGCCCGAUUUAAAGCUGGGACGUGAUUCACUCGUGUUUUCUAUCUGCUUUUUCGUCUGUGUGUGUUAUGUUUGCAUAAAAGGGACUGGUCCCUGAUUCAUGAUGCUUCAGAAUCCAUUGUCUUGAGUUGGCACGUUCUUCAAAUAGCGGUAGCCAAAAAGGAAUUUGUCUAGUUAUCAGAUAUAUUUAAAUAAUUUGGUGUCUCUCAUAUUAGUAUACGAUACUUGCAUUUGCACGGUUUCAUGAGACAAUUUGAUCCUAUUAAAAGCCUAUACCAUUGGCUAUGGAACUUUUUGAAGGGCGUGGGAGCUCAGUGAAUUUUUCGAGUUUUUGCUUGGUCAUUUCUCUGCUAUCUUCUAUGCUAAUGACCUGAUUUUUAGAGGUUAAUUAUCCAGUAUUUCAAAUCGCCAAAGAACGCUUUACUAAAAAAGGAAUAAGCAUGAGGGGCGAAUGAUAUUUACGCCUAAGAUAAACACUCCAAACGUCUCCUUUCGAAGACCCUAAAUUGAUCUCUUUUCAAUGGCAGAAACUUAAGAACAUCGUGAAAAAAGGAAGGGGAACUGGGAACAAGUGCCUUUACCCUCAUCCUGCCGCGAAUUAUUACUCUUUCUUUGGUGCAUUAGUUUUCAUUUCAUUUUGCGUUAGUUUUCAAGAUUUUCUACAAGAUGAAGGACAAUGGUUCCAAUUUGGUUUUCCCAUCACGCAAAAUUAUGUCACAUAAACAAACAUGGCCUUUUUAAAAAGGGCCUUACUUGAAUAACAUGGCCUUUUUAAAAAAUAAGCAAGCUAUUCAGCAUCUGGCACCCAGACCAAACAGAGAUACGAUGGCUCAUACAUUGCAAGCAUUAGCCAGAGUCAAAGACUCUAAAUAGCCCCAGACAACCAAUACUUUAAGUUUUGAGUCUGGGACUCAGGCUAGCAAGCGAGGUCCCAUCCUCCUCCCUGCUAUAGUUUUUGUGCUCCGGAAUAAAGAGGUUGAUAUGGUGAGCUGCCACCUUUCAACUGCGCCAUAAAAGUAUUUUUAAAUACGUUAUUCUCGGUGACGUCCUCCUUAAAGUCAUUCAAACUGGUCUGGCAUUGCAUUCCAUAGUAACAUUUACUUAUGAUAUAAAGUUAUUAUCAGAUACAAAAUUAACUGGGAAAAACGGGACCUCUAAAGAUAGUUUCGUUUUUGCUUUCAAAACUCUAUGAAACCGUACUAUUAAAAAAUUUCCUCGAAACUAUUUUCUUACGGAUGACCACUCUGUGGUGGGGAUGGAUGGAGGACGCCCCCUUGUGUAGGCUGAUGGGAUUAGGAACUGCCUAAACUGAUCUAUCUUAAUCUCAUCUUGAAUUCUAUGUUGAUUUGAUGCUUUGACUUGAUGCAAAAGGUUAAAGGGCUGAAGAAUUGCAUCCCUCUGCAAAUUCAAUUUGUUCUUUUGCUAUUUUAGUUUUGGAUCAACCUCCAUUCAAAUCCCGUGCCCUCGUUUCCAAUCCAUUCAAAACCUCCCCUCUCCUUUUCCACCACGCAGGCCCUCCCGUGAAAUUGGAUUGAAAAUACUGAGAGCCCAGUGCAUUUUGCAACACCUUUAAUGUUGUUACAGAAACUUUGCAAAGCUGGCGCAGGGUUUUGAGAAUCGAUAGCCGUUAAUCCUUCGGUAUAAAAAACUUUCCAAUACGCUUGGUUUAUCCCGUUUUUGCAGUUAAGAUAAAAGUCACUGUUUAAGGUAGAUGGGUCUCUGCUUGUAUAGUAUGUCUCCUUAUGCAUAAUUAAAGUAGCGUAUGGACCCAAUAUAAAUGGAUGAGCUUCAAUUAGAAAGGGGAUUAAUCGUUUUAAAUUUUAGACGACAUGAAACCAGAUUGGAACGAAAUGACUUUAAAAAUAGUUAACAAUGCUGCAACUCGAAUCACUCAGAAACACUUGAACAGACAAGAUUUAAAUCCUCUGUUUACUGGGUGCAAAGCCCAUUCUUCUGUUGUAGUCUACCGAUUUUAUCCGCUACAGCCAUUCAUUCAGGAGAAGGAAAAAUAAGUAAUCUCAAGCUGUGGAUGACUGACUCACGUUUGUUCUAGCUUGAUAGGGGUUUCCGGUCUUUUAUUAUUUCAAACAGAGACUAUUGAUAAAAUUUUGUUCAGAUCUGGAAAACCGCUGGCCUGGGAAUUGCAGAUAGAACUUUUUUGUUAGAUAAUUUGGGUGUAAACAAGGGCGUCGGGUGCCGCAAGACUGAAACUUGGCACGCGAGGGCGACUUUUUGAUAGACUUUUUCAAGAUAAGAGACGCAUCAAAACAUGAAGGGGCGCUUGUGAACAUGAAAUGUCUGGGCACCAAAAAGCAGGGCACCCAGGUACAUUUAUCACUGGUUACUUGGCCAUAUAAAUGACGCGGCUGCCCUUUAUCACAGAAUAGCAUCUUCAAUGUCUUGAUUUAUAGCUUGGUAUUUGAAGCAAAGCCCUUUGGUUUGCGUUCGAAUAUGUGUACCACACAGAAAGUGGCUAAAUACAACAAGGAAUCCAGUAGCAGCGCCAGAUGGGGAUAAUUACCCCUCCCCCACAUCUGUGAAAUCAUGGUCCAAAUAUUUUUUCUAGAAAAUGAUUAAAAAGCGUUAGAUAGGAGUAAGUCAUAUUAUCGCCUACGGAAAAUUCACCUGGUACACAUCACUGAAGCGAGGUAAAAAGGGUGUGUUAUCACUGGUCACGCCCAUUACCUUCACACCCUGCAGUAGCUGGCACCCCUACUAAAGGGACUUUGAAAAUACAUUUGAAGAUGGUAUGAAAAAGUAAUAAAGACAGUAGCUUGAUUAAGAGACGGUCUCUAGUCAAAUUAUCUGAGGGAUAUAGGAGACUUUGAGUCCUUCAAAAAUUGCGAUUCCGUAAAAAAGGGGCAUUUCGUUGAAUCCUGAUAGACGCAUUUCUUUUUAUCAAGAAAAAACUCUUAAUAAUCAUCCACAGUCCUUGCCCGAAAAUCAAUAAACUCUUGUAUUGUAUUGUUGAAUUGUGUUAAAAAUGGAAAAACUUUUUCGUUUUGUUUAUUCAACAUAAAAUUUAUGCCUGACUUUUAAUUUUUCAAAAAAAGUCUCCAUAGCUUUUUCUGGUCAGUUCCUUUAUUGGAAUUGUCGUGACUCACAGGUUGAAAAAUUACUGAAAAAUUGUCCAAGAGACCAUAAUUGUUUUCAGACAUGAGAAAGGCUAAGUUGUAUCGCAAAGCUUUUUGUUAGCAUUGCGUGCUGGCCACUCUCAUCAGUAUCGUGAUCUUGCAGUUCUUCAUUUAAGGUGGCGAGAAGCAAGUGAUGAAAUUUAGUCGUUUGAAAAAGAACUGACACGUGUCCAAGGUUGUCUGCCAGCCAGAAGAGUCACUUUUAGGCUGCAUGUAAGGAAACACGAACCUUUAUUUUUGGCUUUGCUUGAAUACGUAUUAAAAGGGGGACAUGGCAAAAAACACUCUCAUACCCUCCAAUUUAGUUAAAAACGACCCAGCCUAACUUCUAACUUUAAAAUUGAACUUUCCUGUACUUUUGAGUCUCACUGUUUCAACCAGGUCAUAUUAGAUGACGAGGUUACAAUAAAUUCGCUGUUCCCUUCUUCUGUGUUUUAUUUGUAAUUGUUGAAAAAUUCAUUAAUCAAAGGCCAUACACGCCCAGUGAAUAUGAUAAUACGACGACGUGCAAACUUGUGCAAUGCAGGCUUGGCCUAAAUGAAAGUUGAUUUAGGCCAAGUAUAGAAUUAAUUGCUUUAUAUGCAAAUAAAUGGAAAGGAAAAACUAAAUUAAUGAUAAGCGAAUCUAAAAAAAGAAAAUUCUGCCAUUCAAAGUAUGGAUAAUUGUGGUUUACCAGACAGAAAUAUCCAACGAAUAGAGAGAUGAAAGUUAGACAUUACGUAAGUAAGGCAGCUCUACUUCGUGUUUUGUUUAAGCGAAAAUUCCGUUUAAAAUGCGAGUUUCUAGAUAAACAUAUUAGAAAAGUGGAAACUGAUUGUGUCGGUAAUCCUGACAAAAUAAUAAGUAAAAUCUCCUUUAGAUCUAGGAUGUUAAGGGGAGGGUAUGAAAUAUUGAGCUGUAAGGAAGAUUAUCAGAAAACAACUAAAAAUUUGCCCUUUUUCGGCAUGAAAAUGGGGAACUCGACCGCUUUGAACCCCCAGCACUGUGUUGCAGUAUAAACAUCAGUGACUGUUUGGGACACUUCUAGAUUCUCUUGGUCCAUUUUUCCUUUGAUUUGUAACAGGAAUUUCUUGUACCGCGUAAUAGAUUGGGAAAAACCUUCCUUCCUUUAUUUUGCGCAUUUCUCGUAGCUUUUUGCGUAAUGCUGAGAGAAAACGAAACUCUCUUUUGCCUUAUUGUUGCUAACAAGGAAGUUUGUUCUUACACAUUAAAGACGGUAAAUGAAUUGGAUAGUCUUUAUAACAACCAUAUAGCACUGACUCAAGGUUGGUGCGCCAUUUCCCACCAAAAUGUUUGAUAAAAACACAUCGCUUCAAAUUUUCGCACAUUUUUUACUCUGUUACUGUUUUAUUAUUAGAAAUAUAUUCGAAAUUACCUCAGCUAUAACGUCAAUUCUUAAACUAAAGUGUUUCAAGAAUACACAAAAGCGCCUUUUUCAUACACAUCCUAUCCUGAAGGUGUCUAAUUUUUUCAUCGUUGCCCCCAUGGGGCUGCUACGUGUGAGUUAAUCACCUCUUUUAAUUACUGAUUUAAAAGGAAUAAUUUUGAAGGGUGAGAAGUCAAUCAGAAACCCCAAAACAACUGUUUAGAGAGUUUUUAACUGCCAAUUAACACAAUUUUCAUUGCCUGAGUUCUGUGAGAAAUUAUUUGAACCUUUCUAGAAGUAUCAUGAAAACGAAAUUUACAACUCGACAUUAAAAAUUACUUAGGUUAACGGCAUCAUUCUGUUCCUUCCACCACCGUUCUGCCCUUUCCACGGGAAAAUAGGCCUAAAAGCAAAAACCUUAUCACAAAAUAUUGAACAAAAUUGCUCUAAGUUGUUUGGGGAGCUGACUCUAUCGUCGCAGUGAUGUUUUGAACUUGAAGCUCGGUUUGGUAGACUCCAAGAAUGCCACUACUGUCUCGGUAUCUAUUGUUCAUUAUUGUUUGGUAUGUCAACGAUACUUUUGAAAAUUAAUUUGGCGUAGGUGUUUUUU